ACACAUAUUACUACAUGGAAACAUUUAACUGUGCUAGGAUGCGGUAACUUCCUGAGUUCGACACGGGCAGACUCUGAACUGCGGCAAGUUUGGACCCCUCCUCCCUCUGCUCUUCUGCUGGCGCAGCCAAAAGGAAGCCUCCACGAAACACCAGACUGCGGUUAAAAACCUGGGCCACGUUCAGUAGGAAAACGGGGUGGAAUGUUGCAGAAAUAAAUAUAACGACGAAUAGAACUGACUUGAUUCCAUAUUCAUCAAGUCAGACAUGUUUGUCCAGUGGUACAUAUUUCCAUAGCCAGACAAAACAAUCCAAGAACUCUCCGAGCGAACCACAGCCCCCUCCUUAUCCAUUUCCCUGCUAAUCACUCACAGGAAAUGGGCUCCCAUGCAAACUAGCUCCAGCGCAGAAAGAACCCUGCAUGUAUUUUAAUGCCCUGAAAUGUUGCGGUAAGGAAAUUAAACAUGAGCUCUCCCCCCGCUCACUUUCUUUCUCCCUUGCUCUCUCCCUUGCUCUCUGUCAUUACAUAGCUGUCUGGCUUUCAAUCCUUUCUUUAUAUACAUUUCCCCCCCCAUAUUGUUUUGACUGAUCUAGCCUUUUUCUUCAUCUAUUUCUUUCAUAAUUGUUGCUCAAACCUCUGCUUCACAGGUUCAAUCCUCUGGCUUUCUGAUAUCUUGUAUCUUAUCACUGUUACCAUCAUUCCAUGCCAGAGUCCAUCCAUAACAUUCCCCGACUGGCAUGUAGAACGCAAUUUCUGUUCCAUCUGUCAUGGGCUGAUUUACUUUGGACUCCAGAGAUCUGCCCUUUACCAAUGAUCGACACCCAUGUUAACCAUCAAGCUGAGGGAAGUUGAAGGAAUAAGACCCAACCAAAGGAAAAGGGAAAAGACAUUGUGGGGAAAGGAUUAAGGACUGGACACAACCCAACAUUACAAGCUUGUGACAUUUUAACCAGAGAAGGACUGCCAUACAAAUGUGGACCUCCCAAAAAGUGUUCAAAUAAUUUCCCCUUUGCAUCAAGAGGACAACAACAAUAAUCUCUGCGAUGUCUGAAAACAAAGACAUAACGAGUCGCCAUUUGCAGCACAAGCUGCAGAGCCUGGGACGACGGCUGGACGAGCUUGAGGAGGCUACCAACAAGCUCCAGAAGUCAGAAGAUGAGUUGCUCGAUCUGCAGGACAAGAUUAUCCAGGCAGAAGGCAGCAACUCCUCCAUGUUGGGCGAUGUUGAGGGACUGCGCAAGCGCCUGCUGAAGAUUGAAGGCAAGGACGAGGAGGUGUGCAAGGCAGAGGACCUCUGCCGUAUGGUGCGGGAGAAACUGGAAGAGGAGGAGAGCUUGACCCAGGACCUCAAGUCUGAGAUUGAGUGCCUGCAGAGGAGAAUGGCUGAGCUGGAGAAGUUGGAAGAGGCCUUCAGCAAGAGCAAGUCGGACUGCAGCCAGCUGUGCCUCAGUCUCAACGAGGAGAAGAAUCUGACCCGGAAGCUGUCCUCAGAGAUGGAGGCCCUCAAGGACCGCGUGAAGGAAGUGGACACGUCAGAGGUAAGGCUGGACCGGGCAGAGAUGUUCCUGGCAGGGGAGCUUGAGAAGCUCAAGGGCCUCACUCAGACUUUUUUGAGUGAGAGGAAGAGACUCCUGGAGAAGCAAAAGGAGGAUGAGAAGCUUAUACUAAAACUGACAGAAAAGCUGGAGCGUCAGAACAGGAUUGACCCGGUAGAUCCCAGACGAAUUGAAGACAACCUCUCAUCCGGCCUGACCGGCAAGCUGGGGUGCAAGAAGAGCCUGGAUUACCUGAAACUGGGCGACGACUUUGGGCUAAGGAACAAGUCAGAGAAUGAGAAGAACAGACUUGAUGGCCAGGAAGACAACAAAGUCAAGGAACUCACCCAGGAAGUGGAGAGGUUGAAGAACCGGCUGAAGCAGCUGGAGCUGGUGGAGGAGGAUCUUAAGAACACAGAGUCCAAGAAUGGAGAGCUGCAGGAGAAGUUCCAACAGGAGAGAUCCCGUAGCCGAGCACUCAACGAUCAGGUGGAGCAGCUUAGAAUGCAGCUGUGUGGAGGCAGCAGUCAUGGCAAUGGAGGACCUAGCAGUCCAGCAAAGGUCCUUGAGAAUGGCAAGGCAGAGAAUGAGGAGAUCAAUGUCCGUGGUGGGUUCAGGCAGGUCAAGCCCAAGUAUAGGCCUGCCGCAGAGCCAGCCACCCCCAAGUACAAGAGCAGAGAGCUGUCCCCGCAGCACAAGAUGGAGACCAAGCUGAGGAGCAAAGAACUGAGCAACUCUGAGGAAAGUUCUCCAAAGUCUGUCAGUAGGGCACUCAGUCCUGCACACAAGAGCAGGAGGACACCCAAGACUGGAACAUCAACUGUCUCUGACAAUGGAGUGAAAGAAAUAGGCAGAGGGGUAGAGGAGAAAACAACAAGAGGAGCAGCCCAUACUCCUGUCGGCACAUCUUUGAGUGACCGCAAGAAGCUCUCUGUUCUUAGUCGCUACCCUCCAGCAGCUAAUGACCAGAAGCCAUGGAAGAUAUCUCAGAAACCAAGUGAGAGUGAAAGCAAAAAAUGCCAAGUUGAUACGUUUUCUAGAUUGUAUGUCGGUAGUGACAGUGAGUCGAACAAUUCUGAUGUGGUGCCUGAAAGCUCAAGCAAGAGCAACAGUGUCUCCCCACUUGAAAAGGAUGCAUUUGCGUCGGACCUGGAGUCUGUGGACCAGGUUCAAGAGGCUCUUCCAGUAUCAAACCUCUCCAAAGCCAAUGGGUCAUACAUUGCCUACAAGUCCCAUGUGUCCCCAAUGUUCAGUGAUCAUGGCUCUGAGGGCCACUCCUCGGCCUCUGAGACUGAAUCACCUGGGUCCAGGCCCUCGGAACCAGAACCUGUACCUGAGGUGACUGCACUGAGUAGCAGAACCUCCACCACUCCCAGGUGCUCCAGAUACUCUCGCAUACAGGACUCCCAGUCAGAGUGCUCCUCCACCAGGAGCUCGAUUGACGAGGAGCAGCACAGGCUGUUGGUGGCAGAAGGAGAAUCCCUGGAGCCCACUCAGACCCCAUCAGGUAUAGAGCUCCGCAGGGUCUGCAGCCCACGGGAAGCCCUGAGGUCAAAGGCAGUCAUCAAGCCAGCCAUCGUGGAAAUUGAUAGGAAGGAAGUCAUGAUAUCCGGUGGGGCAGAGCCCUUGACCUCCUCCAAUGGCAAGCCCAAAAUUUCCACAAAACCAGUCCUGACCAGUAGCAUCACUAUCUACCCCAACGAUCCCAACUCUUCCAGGACCAGCAGCCGCAGCAGCAGUGUAUCCAGCGAGCCACCAGUCAAGGAACGCCACACGUCCACCAGCAACAUAGUCAUCGGCCCCAGUGAGCACAGGGGAAGUAUCUCCAUCCCCUAUGAGAUCUCCAUCCCCAAGAGAGAGAUCACACCCUGGCCGUCCAUGGAUGGCCCUGACGAAUCAGGGGUGCUAGGGAUGGCCUGUGCAGAGACACACCUACUCCCCCGAAGCAACUUCAGCCUCCAGUCACCGGAGACCACAUCCGACUUCAACAACGACACAGAGUCGGGUUUCGAGAGCAGCAGUAGCAGCACUACCACCGUCACCAGCUGGAGAAGCCAACACCAUGGCCACCACACCUCCCAGGACGACAGCCUCCCAGAGAUGAGAAAUGUGACGGUGCGAAGCACCUGGAAGAACAGGGGGGCGGCAUCUGUGGACGAGCCUGGCCGGGGGGCCAGGAUAUACGGGAUGGGCUCUGAGGACGAGGCAGAGUCUGCCACCACGUGGAGGGCUUACCGCGCCACCACCAUUCUGGACACGGAGGAGACGGUAAAUGCCACAAGGGCUGCUACAUCACGGACAGCCAAGCCUUCCCCAGCAGAGCUGUAUAUGCGCAGGAUCAACAACAGUGUGGUGACCACGAGGGACAUCGCAGAGCCAGUGUGCCGGAGCAAAAGCUCCCUGUCGCCCACUGAAGGAGGUCUGCGGAUGAGUAUCCCCCACGAGCCUGUCAGCUCUCAGAAGCUUGUUCCCUGGCGGACCCAACCCAUGGCCGCUGACGACACAGACCCCAACCCUGGGUCGUGGAGGACGAGGCCGGCGCCCGGUGACCUAGAUCCCUAUGAGAGCGAGAGAAGCUCCAGGACCGAUGUAGGGUCCAGCAGAGGGAUGAGGACCACAGCUUCCAGACCAGCGCUCUUGUCCAAUAGGGGUCAUGCUGGCCUGGCGGAGGGAAGGACCGGGCGUGGCAAUCGACAGUGGAGCAAUCGUCAGACCGACGACUAAACCGGCCAACCAUCUUAGUCUCUCUACUUCAUAAUAUCCAGAGCUCUCCAUACCCCCCAAACUGCACAACAAGAAGGAAUGUACUGCGUCCCACAUCUCUAAUCCCCCCUCCCCAGCAACAGCAGUGGCAGGCAAGUUCCUGCCAAGUCCCUGUCCAGCAACAACCCAUGCUUCUGAGUCUAAAAACAAGAUGGCCACCUGUAAAACCUUCCACCACAACGUCCAUGUAUAAACCCUGGAUGACUAACUGGGUGCUGUAUUGAAGCCACCGCGCAGUCAUCUUGAUUUUUGGAAGCUAUGGAAAUGCAUUUAUUAAUGUCUACAUAUGUUUUUGACAUUCUAUUACAGACACCUUUGGCAAUACUUUUAAAAUAUAUUAUGUGAGCUAAACGUAAAAAUAAAAAAUGUGAUGAAAAAAUAUCCCAUUAAGUAUUUUUUUGUAGAGUACUAAUGUUUACUCUCCCCACUACACAACAAAAUACUUAAAUACAUGUAAUUUUGACCUUAAAACAUUGCAUUGAAGUACUCUAGAAUACAUUCCUAUGGAGGGCUGCUCAUUCUAGGGAGUGCCAAUAUGGCCGACCGGUGGUUUCAAAGUCUCUCAGUGGUUUAUACAGAGUGUCAGCAAUCCAGGGUUUAUACACUUCAUUGAUCUGCACAGACCACUUCAGUUGUAUUAUAAUAUGCCCAUAUACAGUGUCGAGAUGGAGUGGUCCUCACCACCCUCUUCCGCUUCUUCUCCUACCUGAUGUAUUAUAAUGUAUUGCUCCGACUUGACAAGGGAGAGACGCUCAUUCGGGUGA